AUGGAGAACUACAUGAGGCCCUCCGACGAGCACCGCAAGACGUCGCCGGCGACGGCCGCUGAUUUCUUCGACGAGGAGCACACCUUCGACGAUAUCCUGCUCCCGGUGGACUUGUUCGACUUCACGCACGGACUCGACGCCGGCGACGGCUGUUACGUAGACGAUCAGGCUGCGAUUGGGCAGAAGCCGCUGUCGCCGGCGCCGGAGCCGGCGGCAGAGCAGCAGCCGUCGCCGGCGCCGGAGCACGGCGACGAUGAGCGGCUGGUGAUGUACUACCAAGGACAGGAGUACAUCUUCGACCCCGUGCAGCCGCAGAAGAUUGAAAAUAUCUUCCACCAUCUGAAUGGACAGGAGAUGAUUCCACAGAGCAUCAGGCCACAACCCACUAACCUGGUAAGACCCAUCACUGUUCCCGAGGACUUCGACAGGUUUGCUGCGCUGACGCGGUAUAGGGAGAAAAAGAGGAACAUCAAGUUCAUCAAGAAGGCGGAUUACAGUGCCCGAAAGGAAGUCGCUUUGCGGAUGAAACGCAGCAAAGGGAAAUUUGCACCUAGGGUUCAGACCUCUGAAAAUUCCUUGGCACACAGAAAGGGGAUAACUUUCUGCACCAACUGUGGUGAAAGCAGCGACGCCACACCCAUGAUGCGCCAUGCUCCCAAUGGAACCAAAUCAUUUUGCAAUGCUUGUGGGUUGAUGUGGGCGAACUCGAGAAAAAUAAGAAAGAUCAGAAACCCAACUUCCGGGGAGCAAGAAGAUCAAUAA